UGGUUUUAUGAGCUUUGAAAAAUGAUCAUAUGCUUUGUGUGAUUAAAGCUUGCUUAGGAAAAUAUGUUACUGUUAAAGGAUGUUACUGUUGAUUAUACACUUUAACCUCAUUCACUCUAUCUGCUGCCAGACUAGUUGCUUUCCAUUUUUCCUGUCAUGGCUACCAGCUCACAUUUGUCAAUGGUAAUUCAGGUUUGCACAUUGGAUUUCACAGAGAACAAGCUGUUGGAACUGUGUAAAAUGCAAUCAGCAAGUUCAAGCAAGUUUGGAACUUGAAAUCACACACAUGAGCCUCUGUUGCACUAUUGCAAUGAAAGACUAAAUGAAUUUGCCCUGUAAAACCUAGCACAAGAUCUCUAUCUUUCUGUCAGUGAGUUAAACGUCAUUUUAGAAGUCAGUUUAAAAUGGAAUAAAAGGUAUCAGGAAGACAUGAAUGAUGCAAAGUGCUGACUCAUGUUUGCACACUCAUUAGAGGUGAUAGGAUGGGUGUGUGUUUGAAAAUGGAGGGGUGGCAUUUUUAUUGGCACCACAAGGGCACCUGGAGCCCCCUGCAUCUUAAUGGAUUCAGCCAGUGUGGUGAGAUAAGGCCCUAUCAGGGGAGGUUAUGGUGUAAUUAGGACUGAUACCCUUUUAAUAGAAUGUAUUAAGGGAGGUAAUGAUUCAGUAAAUGGGUGUGUAAAUGGGAACACACGCUGUGUUCUGACUUAUGUAAUGAGAUGUCAGGCUCACGUGCCACAUGUUCAGAUAAGGCUGAUAGGAGUGAUCCAGGCAGAGCCAAGGGGAAGUAGGUAGUGGUUGUGUAAGAGCUGCUGAUAAUAGGUACACACGUGGGAGACACUGAGGACAGGAGGGGGUGGUCCUUACGUCUAGGCAAGCAACGAAACCAAUUAUUUUACUUGUUUAACUAUUUAUGCCAUUAUUGUGAAAAGUGAUGUUAUGGAAAUGUAUCUGGUCAGCUGUUGUUCAUGCUUUACCAUUAGCCUCAGGGCCUCAGGGCCUCCUGCAUGUUUAAGAUGUACGUCUCGUUGCCGUGGUACACACUUCACAUAUUAGCAUGUAACUGUGGGGGGAAUUGCAGGGGAAUCCGAAAUACAAUGCUAUGUUAUAUUUUGGUCAAAGAUGUCCCAAAUGAAUGGCUAUCUCUGUUUGUAUCAAUGUUUGAAGAAUGUUCCUACUGCUGAUCUCACUAAGUAAGAGAAAAACAGCAGGUCAAAGAGCCCUUUUAUGAGACUGGCUCUUCCCGCUGGCCCGUGUGUUCCGCUUGUACCGCUGCCAGGCUGUUUGGCAAGGCUCCAAGAUCUCACACUGUCACUCGCACUGAACCACCUUUUGUAAGCCUGGGAACUCUCUGAAAGUGGAAGGACCAUGGGCUGUGUUUGCAUUAUUCCCACAAGCUAGUUUUAGACUCUUCAUGUUGGCAGUAUAGACUUCUGAAAAGCUAGUUUUAGACUCUUCAUGUUGGGAGUAUGGACUUCUGAAAAGCUAGUUUUAGACUCUUCAUGUUGGGAGUAUAGACUUCUGAAAAGCAAGUAUCUGCUUGGUCCUACUUGACCUUGUUUGGCUCAGUUCAGCAGUGAUUAGAAGGGAUAUGUAGCUGCGCUCUGUGUGUGUGUGUGUGUGUGUGUGUGUGUGUGUGUGUGUAGGGGUUGUGUGGUUGGGUAUGUAGCAGGACCCCUCAAACCAAGUGGAGGCUUAUUUGUGUGUGUGUGUGCGUGUAGGGGUUGUGUAGUUGGGUAUGUCCAUUGUUUUUUGAAUAAGUGGAGCAUGUGUAUGAGCAUGGAUUGGGUUGUGAGCUAGACCCAUACUUGAACAUGACCAGCUAAGUGUUAACCAGUGUGUGAAGUAAGUAAGUAAGUAAGAAGUGUGCUGCAUUUGCUCUCUAAUAGUAGACUUUAUAGAUGGACUCUGACAGCCUCUGCCAGUGUGAGGUUGCUGAGCCUCUGAACAGCCUCAGCCUGAAUGAACCCCAGCUGGAUAUCCUGGGGCGGCGGGUCAGAAAAGAGUCCCGGUCAGUUUUGGAAAAGUUGAAGUCAGAGCGAUGGUGUUCCGGUCCCCGUCUGAAGAGCUUCUUCUUGUCAUGUGUUCCUGUCCUGUCAUGGCUGCCUCGUUACUCCUUCAGAGAUAAUGCCAUUGGAGACCUCAUCUCAGGCAUCAGCGUGGGCAUCAUGCAUCUGCCCCAGGGGCUGGCCAACGCCAUGCUGGCUGCCGUGCCUCCAGUGUUUGGCCUCUACUCCUCUUUCUAUCCCAUCCUCCUCUACUUCAUCUUUGGGACAUCCAAACACAUUUCAGUGGGUACAUUUUCCAUUCUUGCAAUCAUGGUUGGGACAGUGACAUGUGAUAUAAAGUUGCCAGACAACAUGGAGGACAAAAGUGAAAGUGCCACUGAUAUGGCCAGAGUGAGUGUGGCAGCUCAGCUCACCAUCAUGUGUGGACUCAUACAGAUGCUGAUGUGUGUGCUGCGCUGUGGGGGGGUGUGUCGCUGGCUCUCGCGCCCAUUAGUCGGGGGAUACACCACUGCAGCAGCCAUCCAUGUCACCAUACACCAGCUACCUCUGCUGGCAGGCAUUGCCACACGCCGACAUGCAGGGGUCUUCGCUGUGUUCUGGAUGUUGGGAGAUGUUUUGUCUGGAUUGGAUAAGGCAUCGCCUGGAGCGUUAAUUGUCUCAGCUGUUUCCAUGGUAACACUAGUCGGGGGAAAGGUGCUGAACAACUACUUCAAAAAACAGCUCCCCAUGCCUGUGUCAUGGGAACUAAUACUGGUCAUUCUGGCCACCAUCUUGUCUUGGCAGCUGGAUCUGUCUGGGAAGUACACAGUUCAGAUUGUGGGGGCCGUACCCACUGGUCUGUCUGCUCCAUCUCUCCCACCCUUCUCCCGCUCUCAGGACCUACUCCUCCCUGCGUUUGCUCUGGCAGUGGUUGGCUUUGGUUUCACCGCCUCUCUAGGGACCAUGUUUUCCCUCAAGCAUGGCUACAGCAUCGACAGCAACCAGGAGCUGUUGGCGAUGGGUCUGUGUAACUCUAUCGGAGGAAUGUUCCAGUGCUUUGCAGUCAGCACCUCUAUGUCCCGCAGUAUGGUGCAGGAGAACACUGGUGGGAAGACUCAGGUAUCUGCUCUGGUCUCUGCCCUGUUGAUGCUGGUCAUCCUGCUGAAGGUUGGAGCCCUGUUUGAGCAGCUGCCAAAGGCGGUCUUAGCUGUUAUAAUUCUGGUGAAUCUGAAGGGGAUUUUUGUUCAGGUCAAGGAUGUGCCAACACUGUGGGCUACAGACCGAGUCGACCUGUGUGUAUGGGGGGUGACUGUUCUGUGUGCAAUGGUCUUUAACCUGGACGUGGGGUUGGGUGCAGCAAUGGCUUUCAGUGUGCUGAUGGUUGUCUUCAGGACACAGCACUCCCGAUCUGCUGUUCUUGGGGUCAUUCCAGGGACAGAUUGUUAUAGAGACCUAAAGCUGUUCUCAGAGGCUAGGCAGAUUCCUGGGGUGACCAUUUCCUCCUUUUGUAACCCCAUCUACUAUGCCAACAGUGAUCCUUACUUCAACUCGCUGAAAGAGGUCAUCCAAAGAGGUCUAGAAGAGAAUGCAUGCCUUGCUGGGGGCCCGCAGACAGUGGCGCCGCGGCACUGUUUGAUCCUAGAGUUCAGUGGGGUCUGCUUCGUGGACUCUGUGGCAGUGAACAAGCUGAGAACAAUGGUGAAGGAAUGUGAAGACCAGGGUAUCUGUGUGUUACUUGCAGCUUGUCCAGAUGGACUUCUCUCUCAGCUACAGAGGCAGGGUUUGGUGCCAGUGUGUGUUCCCCCUUCCUCUCUCUUUCCUUCGGUCCACCAUGCCGUGCAGCACUGCCAGCAAACACAACUGCUUCCUGAGGCCAUGGUCACAGAUAUCUGAUGGUGAUCCUGUCCCUUAAUCCUCUUACCCAUCAGAAGCUGAUGUUCAGCAGAGCUUUGAUGCUGAUAGCCACGCUCGCUGCCUGUCCACCUUAACAUUCAGUGUUCAGCUCCAUAAAGAGACUGUGGAUCAGUGUGUCUCUCUGACUGCAUAGUUGUCUUUUUGUCCCUGUGUCUGUCUGAGAAGCCAUCUGGAUUGGCUUUUGUUUUAUCCCACACGGACAUGACGCAAUCAGCAACAGGGUGUGUGUGUUUGAAUUGAGUGUAUGUGUGUGUGUGUGUGUGUGUGUGUGUGUGUGUGUGUGUGUGUGUGUGUGUGUGUGUGUGUGUGUGUGUGUGUGUGUGUGUGUGUGUGUGUGUGUGUGUGUGUGUGUUUUCAGACAUAAUUGCUUGUGAUCAUGAAAUUCUUCCGGUGUCAUCAUCGUUUCUUUAAUUAUUCAUUGAGUUAUUGUUUCUAUGGUUACUAGACAUCUGCUUACAUUUAUUUUGGAAUUAGAACUCUUUGUGUUUGUCCAUGUGUGUUUAUGUGUGUGCAUUUGUCUGUGUGUGUGUCUGUGUGUGUGAGUGCGUGCAUGUGUGAGUGUUUGUGUGUGUGUGUGUGUGUGUGUGUGUGUGUGUGUGUGUGUGUGUGUGUGUGUGUGUGUGUGUGUGUGUGUGAAUUCGUGUUUUUUUUUUUACAACACUGAUAAUUAAAAAGGAGCCUUCUUUGUGCC